GGAAAAGUUGCGGGGCUAGAACGGGUCACGUGACUGGUUGUACCAGUUAGACUUCCUGUUAAUUCAUUACUGUUUAUUUAUUCUUUUACUGUUUCUGAAAGCCGUGUCAUUUAUUUAUUACCAAAGGAAUCAAGCUAUUGUUGAAGCAUUUUUGUUAAUGUCAAACUCCCUUUACUCUGGAGACGAAGAGGCUAAGCUAGCACAGCUGUUAGCCUCAGAGGUUAGCUUGGUUUCUACCUGCUGAGGAGCUUCUACCUUCGCCCAUAGCUCCAAACCACCCUGAGUUUAUUUUGCUUUGCCAGCUGCCGCCAUGGCCACUUUCCUGUCCGCACGAUGCGCUGUCCGUCUGAGGACACCUGUAGGUCCGAUUCAUCUGAGAAGAACCGCAGCGGGGAUCUCAGCUCGGUUCUAUAGCAGCAGGACGGGUUCCUCUGCGGACUACCUUCACCAAAGCGUUGUUCCUUCCAUGCAUUACCAGAAGAGUUUACCCAGACUCCCCAUCCCCAAACUGGAGGACACCAUCAGGAGGUAUCUAGCUGCCCAGAAGCCUCUGUUGGAUGAAGCCCAGUUUGCAAAAACGGAGAAGUUGGCUCAAGAGUUCCAGAGCGGCGUAGGGAAACAGCUGCAUGAGGAGCUGGUGGCUCAGGACAAGAACAACAAGCACACUAGCUACAUCUCAGGUCCCUGGUUCGACAUGUACCUGUCGGCACGCGACUCCGUGGUGCUGAACUCCAACCCCUUCAUGUCCUUCAACCCCGAUCCGAAGGCGGAGCACAACGAGCAGCUGGUGCGGUCGACCAACUUGGUGUGCUCGGCCGUGCGCUUCAUGAAGACCCUGCGGGCGGGUUUGCUGGAGCCGGAGGUUUUCCAUCUGAACCCAGCGAAGAGCGACACGGACCGCUUCAAGAACUUCAUCCGCUGGGUCCCGUCCUCCCUGUCCUGGUACGGAGCCUACAUGGUGAACGCGUACCCCCUCGACAUGUCGCAGUACUUCCGCCUCUUCAACUCGACACGCAUCCCGAAGCGCGGUCGGGACGAGCUCUUCACCGACGACAGAGGCCGCCACCUGCUGGUGAUGAGGAAGGGCAACAUGUACGUCUUCGACGUCGUGGACAGAGACGGGGGUCUGGUGAAACCGGCGGAGAUCCACUCCCACCUCAAGUACAUUUUGUCCGACGCGAUGCCGGCGCCAUCGCUCCCUCUGGGCGUCCUGACCAGUGAGAACAGAGACGUGUGGGCGGGGCUGAGGGAGAAGCUGGUCGCUGCUGGAAACGCUGAGGCGCUGGGGUUGGUCGACAGCGCCCUCUUCUGUCUCUGUCUGGACGACGAGAGCAUGCGGGACCACAUCCACAUCUCCCACAACAUGCUGCACGGCGAUGGCUGCAACCGCUGGUACGACAAGUCCUUCAGCAUCAUCGUCACCAAGGACGGACAGGCGGCCAUCAACUUCGAGCACGCUUGGGGCGACGGCGUCGCCGUGCUCCGCUUCCAGAACGAGGUGUUCAAAGACACCACUGAGAAGCCGCUGGUGCAUCCAGGCUCCGCCCCAGCCUCUGUGGACUCGGCCUCCGCCGUCCGCAAGCUGCAGUUCCACCUGGACGGGCAGCUAGAGAACGGCAUCCGCGCAGCCAAAGAGAACUUUGACUCCGCCGUAUCGAAGCUCACCAUCGACGCCAUGGAGUUCAAGAAAGGUGGGAAGGAGCAGCUGAAGAAGAGCAAGCUGAGUCCGGACGCCGUCGCCCAGCUGUCCUUUCAGAUGGCCUUCCUGCGGCAGUACGGUCAGACCGUGGCCACAUACGAGUCCUGCAGCACGGCGGCGUUUAGGCACGGGCGCACCGAGACCAUCCGCCCGGCCACCGUGCACACCAAGCGCUGCUCGCACGCCUUCGUUCAUGAGCCCAGCAGGCACAGCGUGGAGGAGCUGCGGGCGAUGCUCAACGAGUGCUCCAAGUACCACGGACAGCUCACCAAGGAGGCGGCCAUGGGACAAGGAUUUGACCGCCACCUGUUUGCCCUGCGUUACCUCGCCAACUCUAAGGGCCAGGCCCUGCCCAGCCUGUUCACAGACCCCGCCUACGCCGCCAUAAACCACAACAUCCUGUCCACCAGCACGCUCACCAGCCCCGCCGUCAGCCUUGGAGGCUUCGCUCCGGUGGUGCCGGACGGGUUCGGCGUCGGUUACGGAGUCCACGACAACUGGAUCGGCUGCAACGUGUCCAGCUAUCCUGCUCGCAACGUCCAUGAGUUUCUGCAGUGCGUUCACAAGUCUUUGGAGGACAUCUUCAGUGUUUUGGAAGGAAAAUCUCUCAGCUAAAUGUAAAAAAAUAACCAUGACAACAGUAAACAUUCUGGCAUUAUCGAGACUUUGAAUGAAGAGAAUGAAGAAUUAAAAGUAAAGUAAUGUUUACUUCUGAGUUUUGAUGUUGGGAUAUUGAGGAAUGAUCGACACGUCAACAGGCAGCUUCAGAGACUCCAACCUAAAGGACCUCAACCUGGAAAUGGAUGUCGUGCCUUAAUGUGAAAAACAGAACCGAUCUUUACUGUAAUUCGUGUUAUUUAACCAGCUCCACUUGGUUGUAGCCUUAUUCUGCUUGAUUGUCUUUUACAAUAAAACUUAAUUAUUC